AGUGGCUGGGUACGCCGGCUCCGACAGCGGGUGGGUCCAGGCCAUGGGGCCGCCCUGGGUGGCGCGGAGCGCAGAGUGGGCGCCCGCGCGGCUGCCUCUUGUGUUCACGGCGCUGUGGGCCGCGGCUGUGGGCCUGGAACUGGCCUACGUGCUGGUGCUGGGUCCCGGGCCGCCCCCGCUGGGACCCCAGGCCCGGGCCUUGCAGCUCGCGCUGGCCGCUUUCCAGCUGCUCAACCUCCUGGGCAACGUAGGGCUCUUCCUGCGCGCGGAUCCCAGCAUCCGGGGCGUGUUGCUGGCCGGCCGCGGUGUGGGCCAGGGCUGGGCGUACUGCUACCAGUGCCAGAGCCAGGUGCCGCCGCGCAGUGGGCACUGCUCUGCCUGCCGCAUCUGCAUCCUGCGUCGGGACCACCACUGCCGCCUGCUGGGCCGCUGCGUGGGCUUCCGCAACUACCGGCCCUUCCUGUGCCUGCUGCUCCACACCGCCGGCGUCCUGCUGCACGUCUCGGUGCUGCUGGGCCCUGCCCUCUCGGCCCUGCUGCGAGCCCACACCCCCUUCCAUGCCGCUGCCCUCCUCCUGCUGCCCUGGCUCGUGCUGCUCACAGGCCGAGUGUCCCUGGCGCAGUUCGCCCUGGCCUUUGUGGCGGACACGUGUGUGGUGGGCGCACUGCUGUGCGGCGCGGGGCUGCUGUUCCACGGGAUGCUGCUGCUGCGGGGCCAGACCACGUGGGAGUGGGCGCGGGGCCUGCACACCUACGACCUGGGCCCCAGCUGCAACCUGCAGGCUGUCCUGGGGCCCCGCUGGGCCCUUGUCUGGCUCUGGCCCUUCCUGGCCUCCCCGUUGCCUGGGGAUGGGAUCACCUUCCAGACCACAGCCGAGGAGGGGCUCGUGGCUUCCUGACUCCUGGAAGAGCUGGAACUGCACAGGGGUGGGCGGCCGGGGCGAGAGGGAGGGUAGCUGAGAGCUCCAGAGGGGAGGCCAGAGGCCCCUAAGGCCGGCGGCUGCUCCGGAAGUGAUUUGGGCUGCCAACCCUGCCAGCUUGGGUUGGAAAACUGGGAUCAUUCAGCAACUCCAGCCCCUUCCUGGGCCUUGCUCCUGCCCAGCUUGGACUCCUCUGCAUCUGGAGCCUGGGCCUGUCAACUCUGCCUCUACUGGUGGCUCCCAAGGGGUCUGGCGGGUCUGGCAAAGGGCUGCUCGGCCAGCCUAGCUGCCCCUUUGCCGGGUUAAUAAAGUGCCCUCUUGGUUUGUGUCCUUCUCCAACUCUGCUGGGUUUCUGGUCCCUCUCUUUGUUGUCUGGGCUGUUUCUGUUUUUUCUGGUUGUCAUGCCUGGAAACCAAGGACUAUGUGAGGGCCUGAGGGCCCAGGCUCUGUCUCUUCUCGCCUUGCCAGGGCGGGAGUGGGGGCACCCACAAGCUAAGGCAGUUCUGUAGUGAUCCUAGGGAUUAGAGCCAAGGACUCUUUCCCAGGGUCAGAGCUUUAUCUUUAGAAGCGUUUCUUCCAACAGCAAUUUCAUCGCGCCUCCCUCUGGCUAACUGGCACGUUGGGCAGCAAGUCUGAUCCUCAUGUUGCAGCUGAAAAACUCAAAGCUCUGAGAGUUGAUAUGAUAAGAUGACGGGGUAGUAAAUGGAGGAGCCAGGAUUUGAACCCAGGUCUUCGUGCUUUCUCCUUCCCCCUUGCACAGCAGAAGGAAGGAAAAAUCAAGGCCAAGAGAUUGACCGGGGAUGUGCAGGAAAAAGCCUGCUUCCCUCUAUGACCUCUUCGGGAGCUAGUUGUUCAACGUUUUUAUUAAAUAUCUUUAUGGCAAGAUAGAGACUGCCAGUUCAAUGUGGCAGGUUUAAACCAUGGGUUUAUCUUGCUUCCUCUUAAAAUCCCACAGAAAUGACAGGAGGUUGGGGCUUGUUUACUCUUUGAGCAGAGAGCUAGAAGUUGAAAUUACCUGAUUCCUGAGGAAGAGGCAGGGGGACAAGGCGAUUGAGAGGCUCAAGGAUUCCAGCAGGAUGGUGGAAGGUGAGGUGAGGCCUGGGGGGCAGUGGGGACUGAGCAGAAGUCUAUAUGAGGAGCAGUUAGGGGUGCCCUUCCCCCUCAGAACCAGCGAAGCUCUGGGUCUCAGGGCAUCAGGGAAGAGGGAGGGGCAAAAGUUCAGCAAAAGUCCACAGAUAGUGCUGCUGGGUGUCCUCAGUGAAAUAGCAGGCCUGCCCCCCAGGAACCCCUAGAGAAGCCCACCCCUCCAAUAGGCCCUGCCCAUGCUCGCUGAGGUUCCGGUGGCCUGGCUUUUGUUUUCAAAUAACUUGAUCUAUUGCUGUGUUUUAAAUUCUAGUUUUUAACGAUGUUGGGUAAUUGUAUGCCUGGGGCUUCCUUUUUCCUCCUCUGUCUCACCUCUCUCUCUCUGGAAUAUCUUAUUUUCUUGGCUUUUGUUAAUGAUGAGAUGCAAGAAAAUAUUUAUAAAAUAAAGAGAAACAACAAAUACCCUUGCACCCUCCACCAGUGCUUAAGAAAUGGCAUGUUACCAUUUCCUUUGGAGUCCUGUAGGGGAAAGGCUGUCCUGUCUAAUCAUUCUCUCGCUUUGUAUUAGUUUUGCAUGGUUUUGAGUUUUAUAUGGAUGGAAUCAUACUGUUUUAUUGUUCUGUGAUUGCCUUUUUCAAUCAAUAUUAUGAUGAAUAUUGAAAUUCACCCAAGUUAAUGCAUGUGGCUGGAGGACAUUCAUUUUCCCUGCUUAAGUGAUCUAUCGAAUAUUCCACAGUUUAUUUUUCUAUUCAAUUCCACUCAUCAUUUUACCUUCCCCUGUGUUCUUUGGGAAUCCUGCACUAAGAGCUACUCUUGGCUUUUGUUAUUCCAUAUAAAUUUUAGAAUUAGCUUGUCAAGUUCCAUCAAUAAAAACCCUUUUGAAAUUGCAAAUGAAAUGGAUUGAAUCUAUAGAAAUCAGUUUUGGGAAAAUCAACAUCUGUGUGAAAUUGAAUUUUCCAGUUCAUGAACAUGGUAUCUCUAUUUAAUGUUUUUCAAUAAAGUUAUUUUGUCUCAUAAAGAUCAUACCUUUUUUUGUUAGAUUUAUUAACUACU